AUGGCUCAGAAUAAUCGAGCAAACAGGCGGUCUCGGGUAGCCUUGGCCUGUGAUAUCUGUCGUCUGCGAAAGUCGCGGUGCGAUGGCAUUCGCCCCAGCUGCUCUGCGUGUAGUCGUUUGGGGUUUGAGUGUGUAUAUACCACCCCAAACCAUACCCAGAAUGUUAUCAUUCAGAAAGAGUAUUUCCAAGCGCUAGAAGAUCGUGUUAAGAGCAUAGAAGAAACUCUAGCCACUAUGAAAGAUGAACUGGGGGCGGCGUCGACCUCUUCUCAGACAUCCGAAAUUGAAGCUCAACGCGCUACGAAUGACACAAGCAACCCAAUCCGGGGUAUAGGGUUAAACUCUCUUACCGAUGAGAAAGAACCUGGAUUUCUUGGCCCUUCAUCGAACGACUACUUUCUGCGUUGUUUAUGUCAUGCCAUUACACCGGGAAAGGAGGCACAUAUUCUACCUACCUCUAAUAUGGAGUCUCACGUGGACGUAUUCCAAUCACAAUAUCCGACGCCAGCCUCCGAGAGGACACAAUCUUCGGAGACAAACAUUUUUUCACUCCCACCGGCCAACGAAAUGACAGAACUUGUACAGAAGUUUUUCUUCGAGAUUGGGAUCCUGUUUCCUUUCAUAUAUCCAGUUACAUUUCUGGAGACAUAUACUCGUUUGCUCACGAAUGGUUGCUUAAGUGUGAGGCGAAAAUGGCUGGCACUGCUGAACCUGAUUUUCGCCAUGGUCAAACUAUCUAUUAUCCCGAACAAGCAGUACGUUGCAACUUAUAUCACUGAAGCUGAUGCUUGUUACCAACGGGCAGUGGAUCUAUACGGCGAGGAAAUAUUUAACGGUGAGAAUAUCGAAGAUGUGCAGUUCCUUCUCCUCCUAGGCCAGUACCUUCAUGGGAGGCACAGGCCUGGACAGGCAUGGACGGUGCAUACUUUAACGGUUAAGGCAGCCUUUAAACUUGGUCUCCACUCGCAAAAUGCCUUGAAAGAUAUGCCCACGCUGGCACAAGAGGCGCGCAAGCGCACCUGGUAUGGGUGUGUUAUGAUAGACAGGUUUUUGAGUAUGACACUUGGAAGGCCAGCCGCAAUACCAGACUGCUACAUAAAGCUUGAGCUGCCUGCGAACCAUACCUGCAUCGAUACAUCCACGAUCAUAGACAACACAACAGCCGAUCUCAGUGUUUCCUGCCUCAAUUCUACCAUUGCUCUCUACAAACAACUUGCAAACAUUAUUGAUAGACUUUUCGACCACAAUCUGGACUCUGGCACGUCCUUAAAUAUAAACGAGAUAAUUUCACACAUUUCGUCAAUAGAGGAUAACCUCUGUGCUUGGCAGAUAUCACUUCCCCACGGUCUAACCACUAUCUCAGCAGCAGGAUUACAUGAUGAACCGCAGGGGCCGCUAACAAACGCGGAAUUCUUCUCAAGAAAAUUCUCUGUUAUGAUAUCUCUACGAUACUACAAUAUCCGCACUCUUCUCCAUCGUCCAACCCUGGCCAGUAUGAUUGAAAUAUGCCGCCACAUAACUGAUCAACAGGAAUCCCAGACACUUCCGCUCGUCGGACUACACAGCUUGGAGAUAUGUACCGAGUCAGCAAUUACCACCAUCGAUAUGAUAUAUGACUUAGUCCAUGCCACCGAUUGGCGAACUAAUCUUCUCGAAGCCUGGUGGUUCUCGCUGCACUAUGUUUUCAACGCGGCCUUGGCUAUCAUAGGAGUGCUAUGGCUCUGCAAAUCGGACUAUGUCUUGGGCCUUGCAAUGGAACAGCUGGCAAGGAAGGCAAGGCUGUACCCUGACCGCGCCAUUGCAGUAUUGUCUCGCCUUGUGUCUGGUGACCCUGUUACAGAUCGAUGUCGAGACAUUCUUCAACGGUUGACAGAGGUUCUCUAUGACUAUACUGGUGAGAUAUUGGUAUCCAUAUAA